CAACAAAGGUUAAUUUGAAUAUAAUAGUACUCAGACAAUAUACACCUUGUUCUCCAUAUAUCUAUAUAAAGGGCCAUAUGCACCUCGUUUCUCCUUACUCACAAGAAGCUCACUAAAAUUAGCUUUGCUGCAGUGCUUCCAAAUGGGAGACUUCAAUUCAUCAUCAAUGGAGGAUGAUGAUAUGGCUGCUCCUCUGUUUGAGAGACAGCUUCGCAAGAAUUAUGUUCAGAGGGCUGUGGAUAUAACCAUCCUCUUGCUAAUGGUCUCCUUGCUGUCGUACAGGCUGGUCUGCAUCAGGAGCCACGGCGGCGAUGGAUGGGAGGUGAAGACGUGGCAGGUGGCGAUGGGGUGCGAGGCGUGGUUCACCUUCGUAUGGGUUCUCGUCGUCAGCACCAAGUGGAACCUCCUCCGUUACCUCACCUUCCCUCAACGUCUCCUCCAACGGAAGAGGGAGCUGCCAGCGAUGGACAUGUUUGUGACGACGGCAGACCCGGAGCUGGAGCCGCCUGUAAUAAUGGUGAAUACGGUGCUCUCUCUGAUGGCAGUGGACUACCCGGGUAUGGCACACAAGCUGGCUGUCUACGUCUCAGACGACGCCUGCUCCCCUCUGACCUUCUUCGCCCUCUCCGAAGCAGCCAAGUUUGCUCAGCUCUGGGUCCCCUUCUGCCGAAAGCACAACAUCCAAGUCAGAGCCCCAUUCCGGUACUUCUCACCCACAGCCGAGCAGCCCCCUUCAGCCGGUGGUGGCUCUAACUCACCGGAGUUCCAACAAGAGUGGAAACAUAUAAAGAAUGAGUACGAGAAUUUAAAUUGGAAGAUAGAGGACGCACGUAAGAAGCCCGUUUCGAGUAUCCUUUCUGCUGGAGAGUUUGCAGCUUUCGCAAAUAUGGACCGUGGUAAUCAUCCUCCUAUAGUUAAGAUAAUAUGGGAGAAUAAGGAAACUGCACCGGAUGGACUUCCCCAUCUAAUAUACAUAUCAAGAGAGAAACGACCCAAACAUCACCAUCACUACAAGGCCGGUGCGAUGAACACUCUAAUAAGAGUGUCAGGUGUGAUGACCAAUGCCCCAUUCAUGCUGAAUGUCGACUGUGACAUGUACAUGCAUAAUCCCCAGAUUGCGCUACAUGCACUGUGUCCUUUGCUCGAUCCAAGAUCCCAAAAUGACACCGCUUAUGUGCAGUGCCCUCAGAAAUUUUACGACGGUUUAAAGGAUGACCCUUUUGGGAACCAGCACGUCGUUUUACAAGAAAUCCUUAUGCAGGGAAUAGUGUCCAUUCAAGGGCCUUUCUAUUGUGGCACCGGAUGCUUUCAUCGUCGGAGAGUAAUCUAUGGGGCUUUGCCGAAGAAUGUGGACUCUAAGAAGAAAAAUGCCAGAUCAAUGGAUGAGAUAUCAUUAAGCGACUUUGGAAGCUCGGAGCAGUUCCUAAAAUUGGUUACCCGGGCUUUAAAGGACGAAUCGGGUGCAGAAAAAGAUUUGCCAAGCUCACUUGAGGCAGCACUUCAUGUUGCAAGCUGUGGCUAUGAGUAUGGCACUUCUUGGGGUAAAAAGAUUGGAUUGAUAUAUGGAUCCACGACAGAAGAUAUCUCUACAGGGAUGACAAUCCAAUCGAAGGGGUGGAGAUCGGCUUACUGUUCACCAGACCCACCAGCCUUCCUCGGUUGUGCACCAACAGGAGGGCCAGCAUCGUUGAACCAGAUGAAGAGGUGGUCCACCGGACUUCUCGAAAGCCUUGUGAGCAAGUCCAACCCUAUAAGGGCCACCCUGUUGGGUAGGCUUCAUUUUAGACAGUGUUUAACAUACAUAUGGAUCCUCAUCUGGAACAUCAGAUCGAUACCCGAACUCAUCUAUGCCCUUCUCCCGGCUUAUUGCAUCAUCAACAACUCCCACUUCUUGCCCAAGGUCCAUGAUCCGGCUAUAAUAAUACCAGCAUCCGCUUUUGCCAUAUACAACAUCUACACACUAUCAGAGUAUUUCAGGUGCGGCUUAUCAGCUCGAGCAUGGUGGAACUACCAGCAGAUGGCCAGAAUCAACUCGGCUUGUGCCUGGUUGUUUGGUGUCCUAACCGUCCUGCUCAAGGUGCUGGGGAUCUCUGAUACCGUGUUUGAGAUCACAAAGAAGGAGCAGUCCACUUCCAAUGACCAGCCCGAUGCUGACUUGGGAAGGUUCACCUUUGAUGAGAGCCCGAUCUUCGUGCCGGGGACCACCCUCUUGCUAGUCCAACUUGCUGCCUUGGCCUUGCUAAUGUUGGGGAUACAACCGUCCCCAGGUGGCGCCAAUGGUUCAGGACUGGCGGAGGUGGCAUGCUCUUUGUUGGUGGUACUCUACUUCUGGCCUUUCCUAAGAGGCCUCCUGGGAAAGGGCAAAUAUGGGAUUCCACUAAAAACUAUCUAUAAGUCAGCAGCCUUGUCUACCGUGUUUGUGUUGUUCUGCAGAUUCCCCUCUGUAGGGCUUCAUCGAUGAUAAGGAAACCGACUACGUAUAUUAGAUUGCAUUUUUGUUGUUCCGUAUAAUAAGUUGAUUGCUUGUAUUUUAAAAAUUUAUUGAGUAAACCAUCUAGGCACUUAGUUUCUUCCCACUGGAACUGCUGGCUGCUGUCACUUAUCUUAGUAUGUCACAAUCCAAAACCAACCUCAAGUGGAAGUUAGUUUACAGCA